AUGGGAAGUGGAGAUGUUGUUACUUUCCAGCUUGCUGGUGCAAGUGCUUUUGCUUACCUUCACCGAGUUGCGUCGUCGUGUCUCACGGACUCUACGACUGUCCAGGCGCUGAAUAGUAUCCUGUGGCUUUUGUACCAGCUUGCCGAUGACGUUGCGAUAUACGUGCUGGGCCACAUGUCCUUAAGCAGCAAGCCACGCCAGCAGCAGCAGCUCAUGGCGUUCUGGGCAUCGUUGCUGCUGGUGCACCUGGGCGGACAGGACACCAUCACUGCCUACGCCAUAGAAGACAACAACCUCUGGCUGCGCCAUCUGUUCACUCUGGUGGUGCAGGCUGCCGGAGCAGCCUAUGUGUUGUACAAGUACGUCGCCGCAGGCAGCUGGACCUUGCUCGCCGCAGCUGUCUUGAUGUCCUUUGUGGGUGUUAUCAAGUACGGUGAGAGGAUAUAUGCUCUCAGGUCCUCCGGCCUUGACAACAUCAGCAACUUCCUCGACAACUUUGAGGUACCCCGCGGGGAGGCCAGUUACCCGGUACUCUUAACCAAUUUAGAUGAAGAAGAGGUCUUGCAGGGAGCUCAUGAUCUUCUGCCCAUCUGCAUGGGCCAGUUGGUCGACAACAAUGUCAGACCAUCCGGGUUCCGGUAUGGAGCCAUAAACGCGUAUCACAAUCCUGCCAAUGCUGAUCGCACUGCCGGGCGGAGCAUGCUGCCACAGCUGAUCGGGAUGCAGCUCUCGCUGAUGCGUGACCUCCUCUACACCAAGGCUGCGGUGAUCCACAGGACGUCGUACGGAUGCAUUUCCCGCAUCUUCUCCACGGUCUCCACCAUCGUGGCUUUCUACCUCUUCCGGCAGUCCACUAUGGCUGGCGCCGGUUACAGCAAGGGUGACAUGGCGGUCACCUACAUCCUGUUGGCCGGGGCCUUUUUCCUGGAGCUGGCAUCGCUGUCAAGGGCAUUUCUGUCAACUUGGACAUGCACAUGGCUAAAAGCCGCGGGAUGGAACCGGCUCCAUGCGGCAUUGGUGUGGCUUCGCAGGGGCGUCAAGGCUGCUCAAAGAUGCAGGAGGUGGUCAGGCUCCAUCGGGCAGCACGACCUGUUGGAAUAUCACAUGCAUGGUAAGAGCGGCCUAGUAUACACGAUAGCGUCUUUCGUUGGGCUGGAGCACCGGUGGAACAGGCUGAGGUUCUUCCAUCCCUUGGUGAUCUCACUCGAUCUGCAUGACUUGUUGGUGCGCGAGAUAGAGCGCAUGGUGGAAGCUAGUGGAACAACUUAUGAUUCGCGCAACCUGGAUCAGUGGCGUCGAAGCCGAGCGGCUGUUGGUGCAUGGGUUACUGGUGGUGCCGGUGCUCAAUUCUACACUGGUGCCACUGGGGCUGAAGGAGAGGACGGUUUUGACGCGGAAGAGGCUGGUUUCGACGGCACAAUACUCGCCUGGUGCUACGCCACACACGCCUUCCUCGACUUUUUCGAUUUAUGUUGCACGCUGCCGUUGGCUGAGCGGCUGCAUGCCAGGGCACCAAUUUACAUGGACCGUCAGGUCCAAGCCAUGAGCAGCCAAGACAAGGAACGGCAACAGGGCCUCGCUAAAGCAAUCCGGGUAUUGUCAAGAUACAUGGUGUUCCUCCUUGUGGAGCAGCCUCAUUUGCUGCCAAGCCCUGUUCGACGCAGCAAGUACGACAGCUUCUGCAUGGCGUACAGGGAAUUCCCAAGAAUCUCGGAUUUGCUAGGAGCGGCGGAUAUGAGCCAAGAUUACGGGGUCCUCCGCCCGGCCGUACAUCUUGCGAAUAGACUGCUGGCCAGGUGCGAGCAUAUGGGGGCGCAGGACGUCUUGCUGGUCAUGUCCCAGGUGUGGGUGGAGAUGUUGUGCUACGCCGCAAGCCACUGCAACCACGAAGCCCAUGCAAGGCAGCUCAGCAGCGGCACCGAGUUCAUCACCGUCGUGCUGAUCCUCUCCACCACCUUGAAGAACGGCUUUCGUUCUCAGUAA